AUGGUGUCAAGGAGUCUUUAUCAAGUUGAAAUUAUUCUUGGAACACUAGACAUCAUAAGUCACACUAAAUUGUAUCAUGUAACUCCUUACACUUCUCAAAUAUUGAGCUUUGCUACAAUCAUGAGUAAAUGUUCUGGUGAUUAUUUAGAGGCUUUUUAUACACCACAUAUUGUUUCUUUUUCUAUAAAAGUCUCUUUUCACAAAACCAACUUGUCAGCCAGUGUAUUUAUCAAAGAGAACCCACUGUUUUUGCAAUUUUUCCUACUCUUUCUCUCUUCCCUUUGUCUAAAGCCUUUCCCAAAAUUCCUCAGCAAGAACUGGUAA